AUGGCGGGCAGACGGCUGCUAGAUGCAGCCAGACUUUUUAGCGCAUCCGGAUCCAUAGCGAAACACCACUUCAACAUUCGCUCCCAGCAAUGGGAACUCUUUACACAGACGUCGAGUCUGGCAAAGGCUGUCAAGAAUCAGACAGAUCGCGUUACUCUCACCGCUCGAGCUGCCUAUGCCCUCUCACGGAGGGUCAAUGAGACUGGACCUGCCUACACUCAGACGAGCCAACACGAGGAAUCCAUACCGAGUCAAGAGACUGUUCAAGGCGCAGAUAGGACAAACACGCACGAGGAGGGAUUGAGUCAGGAUCAUCAUUGGAACAGAUCAGAGCAGAAUGCUGCUGCAGAAGCUCCNCCAGUAGACGACCUGCAUGUUAACCAAGAGAAAGCACGUCGUCACCCUCUACCUGACGGCACCAUUCCUCCUGUAGGCGCAAAUCUCGAUCCAUCGCCGAGUCGUCAGGGCACAGAUACAUUCAACCAACGGCCAGUGACAGACACUCCCAAGGACCCUCUUGCAGAACAGCAGUCCGUUAUCAAAGACUUGCACCCGACAGAGUCUGGCACAUCCACCAUUCCUAGCCCAGCUGUCCAGGACAGCCAUGCCGAUGACACGGUCAAGAUGCAGCGUAAGGCUGAGUUUCAGAUUCCAUCCGUAUCUGGUCACUCUCAGUCCAUGCCCACACCUGGACAAGAUACCUUUAAUGUUAGACCUACAGAAUCUUCUGUUGAAUUGUCAUCGUUACCUCGCACUAAGAUUCCCAAGUCUGUUGAAGAUACUCAGGGUGGUGACGAUCACCUCAAGGAUGGCCAGUUCAACCAGGAUGUGUACUACUCAUCCAAGGGACACCCUGCUCAACCACCUAUACCGCAACAAGAAGCUAUUCCCACACAGGAUGAGGUUCCUGAAGGUAUCAAUACUGAUAUCUUCCACAGCUCGAGAGUGGCUUCAUUGCUGAGUGGUGGAGCCAGAGAGGAUAGGAGAAAGGCUUACGAGCUCAAGAUGAAGGCCGCCAGGAAGGGAUCAGCCCAGCCAAUCCAGCAGAGCAUCAAGGCCGAAGACAAGAACUCUGACACAUUCAGCACAAGACCAGGCGCGUCGUUACCAGAGGCUGAUACUUCGCCUGCUCUCAACACCGAGACGGCUGUCCCUGCCACUGGAUCAAAGACAGAGAUCACCGACAAGGAGACCCAAGAGCUGGCUGAUGCUAUGGCCGCAGAUGCCACUGCUGCCGCAUCUCCAGCUGUUGAGUCAGAAACUCCAAAUACGCCCUAUCAAUUGCGUGAAUCUGCCGUACCUUCUUCUCGCUUCGGUAGAUUAUGGCAGUAUGGAGGCCUGGCUACAAGCAUGGCUUUUGGCGCUGUGGGCGAAAGUCUACGACGAGUGACUGGCGGUGCUGCUGCUGCGAGUGGCUCGUUACUGCUUAGCCCUGCAAACAUGGAGAGGCUGGUUGCUAAGCUCUCUCGCAUGCGUGGUGCAGCUCUCAAGCUCGGCCAGAUGAUGAGUUUCCAAGACUCUAAGAUGCUGCCUCCUGCCAUCAAUGCUGUGCUUCAACGUGUCCAAGACAGUGCUGACUACAUGCCUCCAUGGCAGCGUAACAAGCAACUCGCUGCCAAUCUGGGCGCAGACUGGAAAGACCUGUUCUCGAGUUUCGAGGACGUUCCAAUGGCUGCUGCAUCGAUUGGCCAGGUGCAUCGCGCUACACUGGCUUCCAAUGGUCGUGAGGUUGCUGUCAAAAUCCAGUACCCCGGUGUUCGUGGUAGCAUCGAUUCUGAUCUGAACAACCUCUCCCUUCUCCUCACAGCGUCAAGACUUCUCCCUCCCGGUCUCUUUCUCGACAAGACAAUUGCGAAUGCUCGCACAGAGCUAGGAUGGGAAUGUGACUACGAACGUGAGNNGGCUAAAUGCGGCGCUCGUUUCGCAUCUCUCCUCGAAGACGAAACGGCGACCUUCCGCGUCCCACAAGUUUUCCCAGAGGCAUGCGGUCCUGAAGUCCUAACAGCUGAGCUCAUGCACGGUAAAGGCGUCACCAAGAUCCCCGACCUUUCACAAGACGAGAGAGAUUGGAUAGGCACACAAGUGCUGCGCCUCUGCCUCCGCGAACUCAUGGAAUGGAGAUUUAUGCAAACCGACCCCAACUGGACCAACUUCCUCUACAAUAGAGGCAACGCCCCUUCCGAGCGUAGACUGGAGUUGCUAGACUUUGGAGCUUCGAGAGAGUUCCCUGAGAGUUUUGUGACGCCGUAUGUCCAACUGCUCAUUGCUGCUUCCACGCAUGACCGCAACGCCUGUCGUGACCUCUCUAUCAAGCUAGGCUACCUCACUGGCGCAGAAAGCCAGGCCAUGCUUACCGCCCAUGUCGACUCAAUCCUCACCCUCGCCGAGCCUUUCGACUCUGGCAGGACAAGCGACUACUAUGACUUCAAGGACCAGACCAUCACCGAUAGAGUAAGAGAGAAGAUUGGCCUCAUGGUCAGAGAGAGAUUGGCACCGCCACCAGAGGAGACAUAUUCGCUGCACAGAAAGUUGAGCGGUGCAUUCCUGCUCUGCGCAAGACUGGGUGCCAACGUGCCAGCGAAGAAGUUGUUCGAGGAUGCGGUCGGGAGAUGGAAGCAGAAUCAAGGUAUUUAG